CCAGAACAAUAUAAGUAGACGAGCUGGAUGUGCAACAACAAAGUUAUAUUCAACGUUCCCAGUGCGUCAGAGCUUCUGUCAAAUUCUUGAGAUAAAGUUAAUUUCUACACGACAUUAUUCGUCAUGAAGGCAGUGGUAGUGCUACUCCUUGCGCUGACAUCUUGCGUGUUGGCAGCUGAUAUUAACAAGCGCGUGCGCCGUGACCUGUUCGUUGAUUGGUUGUGGAACUCCAACGAUGCACCUCAAAGCGAAAGUCACGAGGAUGUCAGGCAGUCCCCUACAGUUGAGGACGAAAUGGAUAGGAACAGAACUCCCAAAUCCCGCUGCCAGGUUGAAGGGAUAUGGUACAACCAUCUUGGUUCGGAAAUGAUCAUCAACGCCACUUCCGAGGUCGGUGUCCUGUCUGGUGAAUACCGCACAGCAGUGGAAAGGAAACACGGCACGGCUGGUCAAGGGCCGACGAGGCUGAUUGGUCACACGUCCACCAAUGGCGACUACCCGACCUUUGGCCUGACGGUGAUGUGGCGUAAUGGCCAAUCUGUGACCAGCUGGACCGGGCAAUGCCACCUGUGCGACGGCGAGGAGACUCUGCAUACCACGUGGAUACUGACGUCACACAUUGACAACUGUGACGAUAGGUGGAUGGCAAACAGGAUAGGUCAGGACACGUUCAAGAGGUACGAGUUGACAGAUGGGCCCCGCCGAGAGGAAGACACCCACAACCCACGUGACCAUGCUCGCCGUCUGGAGCAGGAAAUGCUGGAUGAGCAGCUUGACCUCUAACCUGAUGACGUCACGGUUUCGCGGUACUAAAUCAAGUACACAAAGAUGGCCGUCGGUACUUCUUUCGAGGUUUUCAUUUAAUCUCCCCGAAUCAGCAUUAUACCAAUGUUAUACUAUUCCUUUUCUAAACAGAUUUUUUGUACAGAGUUUUGAUCAAUAGUACAUUCGCUUUUUGAUUAUGUUAAUAUCGCUAACUCACGACAUAAAUAUAACCUAGGGCGGUAUUAUGUGAGUGCCUCGUGUUUACAGAAACGCAAGUUGAAAUGGAACGGAACGCUGGUCUAAUUUAAUAAUACGUAACAUCUUGUAAAUGUGAAUAACUGUCCACUUUGUAAACCCUCGAAUCAAGGUCAAUUUCCCAUUCACAAUAAGUAUAGAGCAUUCCAGGUCAGGAAAUAUUCAUGCAGUAUGUAUUUUCCCAAUAUGCACACUGUUGCUUUCAAAUCUUGAAAGAUUUUAGUCAAUAAAGCAUUUUUUUUAAUAAGUUCUUAAUGACAAGUUUUGGUUUACCUAAAGCCAUUUUAAUACAGUUCACCAACUACGUAAUAUCUAGCCCCAAAAACGAACAAAAAUGAUAAUAUACAACAAGCAAAACAGCAGAUAAAUUUCAGUUUCUAUAUUACAGAUAUUGAAUAAAUUGAUAUAUUGUGAUAGCAA